UGUAAAACUGGUGAUUUAUACGAAUCUUUUAAAUUUCCCGUGCUUGUGCCAAUCGCCGACGUAGAAAGUCCCUCCCACGGAUAUCUGACGCAUGGAGAACACUGGAGAAUUUUUCCUUCCUUUUGCGCGUUGCUAUCUGAAGCUCUCCGUGUGUUUGUGGUGAAAAUUUAAAAAAAAAUCCUUUCACCUAAUCCUCCUCCUCUAUAUCACCCUGCAACAGAAAAAAAAGUAAAACAAACAAAUUUCACUAUCCCCCUCAGAAAUAAUGUGUUUCAAAACAUUUUGUUUUGUAAGCAGCCUGCCACAGAGCAGCCAGCUUCUUGCUGCAUGAAGGAGGGUUGGUGUAACGGCGGUGGUGGUGCAGAGUGAAGUCGAGGAGGAGUUUGGUGUGGAGGUGAAGUUUGGCUCAGCCCCCGCCCCGUGGCCGCACCGCCCGGGCUGCAGGCAGCGAGCGAGCGAGCGGCUCCUCCAACUUUCAGUGUGUGCCGUGCGGGGGGGAGUGCGCUGCACUGCGCAUGAGUGUCACCCACGGUGACUGCUAAUUGUCCGUUUUUUUUCUUUUUUUAUAUAUAUUAUUUUUUAUAAGAGGCCCGAGCGCUUGAAGAUGAACAAGCUGAAGUCCUCACAGAAGGAUAAAGUGCGGCAGUUUAUGGUCUUUACACAGUCCAGUGAGAAAACUGCAGUAUGUUGUUUAUCACAGAACGAUUGGAAAUUAGAUGUUGCUACAGACAAUUUUUUUCAAAAUCCAGAACUUUAUGUUCGUGAAAGUCUGAAAGGUUCAUUGGAUAGAAAAAGAUUAGAACAGCUAUACCAUAGAUACAGAGAUCCGCAAGAUGAAAAUAAAAUAGGAAUAGAUGGUAUUCAACAAUUCUGCGAUGAUUUAGGAUUGGAUCCAGCCAGUAUCAGUGUACUGGUCAUUGCAUGGAAAUUUCGAGCAGCCACACAGUGUGAAUUCUCAAAACAAGAGUUCAUAGAUGGUAUGACAGAUUUAGGGUGUGACAGCAUAGAAAAACUGAAGGUUCUACUGCCUAAAUUGGAACUAGAAUUAAAAGAUCAAGCAAAGUUUAAGGAUUUUUACCAGUUCACAUUCAACUUUGCAAAGAACCCAGGUCAGAAGGGCUUAGACUUAGAAAUGGCAAUUGCUUACUGGAAUUUAGUACUUGCUGGGCGAUUCAAAUUCUUAGAUCUAUGGAAUAAAUUUUUAUUGGAACAUCAUAAAAGAUCAAUACCUAAAGACACCUGGAACCUUCUGUUAGACUUCAGCUGUAUGAUUGCUGAUGACAUGUCCAAUUAUGAUGAAGAAGGAGCAUGGCCAGUGCUUAUUGAUGACUUUGUGGAAUUUGCACGACCACAAAUCACUGGGACAAAAAGUACAACUGUGUAGCAUUGGGAGUCUUGUUGCGGAAUGUACAUGAUGUGUACAGAAUGAAAAAUACAGCAAAUAAUGCACAGUCGUUUCACAAUUAGUUAAUAAAAUGCAGAUCAAUGGAUUGAAGUGAAGAUCAAUCCUUUCAUUCUAUCUGGAGGAUUGUUAACACCAAAAAGACUUUUCUUCAAUCAUAUCGUAUUCAUUUAAUGGUGGUUUGGGCUUCUGUCUUAGUCAGGACCUCUAUGUAAUUUCAUCAACACUGAGUGUGAGUUCCGUCUGUAUACUCUUUGGGAUCCUGUACCAUUCAUCUUUUAUCCGUUUGGAGGACUUUUCUGAAAGGAUAAUUUUAUAGUGCUUUUUGACAUCGAGCACAUUGUUGCCUUCAGUUAGGAGCUGAACAGCAUACUUGGACACAGGAAAUCUGUAUUUGAAUUGGAAUCGAUUCGAUCUUAGUACUUUUUAAAUUAUGUAAACAGGCAGUUAGAUCAUCACAGAAUCUUGCUUUAGCUAAUCUUUGGCCAUUUUGUGUUCUAUGGCAGAUUACUUGUCAUAAAGUCUUAUUUUUCUAUGAAGACUGGAUCAUACUAUGCCUAUGUACCAAAUUUGGUCCUGUUCCAUAAUGAACAUGGCAUUAGAAUGGUGCAGUUGUACAAUUGAGAUCUGUGGUAAUUACUGUUUGUUUUUUUGGACAAAAAUAAAGUUACUCUUCCAUUCCCCUUCCAAUGCACCGCUUCCCUUUCCAGCUGAUAUUUUUUAGGUUGGGUUUAAUCCAAGAAACUUCUUGUCAUCAUCCUGAUGCUGGAUUUUGCAAUCUUGAAUUUUACCUUCAGAUAUUUGUCCUGUAUAGUGCCCUGCAAGGUAUUUCCGGUUUCCUUUCCAGCUGCAAUAUACUCAAACCAAGAUUGCUGAAUUAGGUUUUGACUAAAUGACUAAACUGUUGACUGAGAGAAACUAAAACUGCUCUGCUCUUUUCAACUUGGGCAGGCCAUUGCCACGUUUAACCUAAAGGGGAAAAAACUGGUUGACCUUAUCUUUUUUUAUAUUCAAUAAAAUGAAUGGAAAAGUGACUAGAAAUACCUCCGUCUUUUCGUUGGUGUUUGGAGCCAUUUACUUUUUGAAGCCAAGUUUAAGAGUCUAUACUUAAAGAACAUAUUAAAGGCAAUUAUUUUACAUCUGUUUUGAUCCUGCAUCCCAGCUUAGUUCAUUAUGUUAACUUGACAACUAUUCAGAGAGGAGAAUUGAAAAUCUGUUGGUGUGAGAUGGAUUUUGAUGCUUGUGCCCUUAGCUUGGUUUUACCAGUAGUUUCCCUAAUAAAGUUCACACAGGUUGCCGUGUCUAUUGUUAGUUUCCUCCCUGUAUGUGAGUGAGCUGUAAAUUAGAGGAUCAUGACAUGUUUUAAGGAAAAUUAAUCCCCAAGGUCAGUGUUCAAUGCAGGUUUAAGAUGAGCCUUUUUAUUAUCCUGUCACAUUUGCUUAAAACAUAUGGAAUAGUCCAUUACGUAGCUAUCAAAAUCUGCUUAUUAUAAAUGGCUCCCAUGUUUGUUGAAUGCAUUAUUCAGAUAAAAGCUUGGAGCUGCAGGAGGUUAUUGUCAUCAGGAUAUUAUUAUAUAAUAUCCUAAAUCUGAAUUUCAUCAUUGGGCCUUCAAAGAAAGUGUCCUAUACCAAUUUUAAUUGGGUUUUAAGAUCGUUUAAUAAGCUUAUUGAUGUUCUGAUGUUAAACUGCCAUCUGAUGCAGUUGACUUACAUUCAGUUUUCACAUACCUCUAUGAAUCCUGAACUUGUAUUACAUGGCUUUCCUAUGUGAUGUUACAGUGAUUGCAAAUUUGUUAUCUGCCCAAUUAAGUGUUUUGACUUCAUCCAUUUUAUUAAUCCAAGUUAAAAUUGUCAAUCGAUUUUGAUGACUAAAUGCACUUAAAUAGUGGAAACAAUGUCAGUUUAUUUUGAUUCAAAUCCUGGAAUGCCUAACUGCAACUUUUAUUUUAGCAGUAUGUUGUAAACCUAAUGGUCCAAUUUGACCUCUUUGUCUCUGGGGCUGUUAUGAAACUGAACUGUUUCUUUGACAUUACUUUACCUCAGUACUGAUAGACCAGAGAAUCACUCUUUUAAAUAAACUUCUCGUUUAUUUUUCAUUCACUAAACCAUAAUGCAAAGGCAUCUAAGUGAUUUGAAAGCUGGUCAUUUUAGAAAAUCCAUUUCAUUUUAAUUUGCAUAUUAUAUUUUCAAUAAUUUUCUUUUGAAGUUGCAUGGUACAUUUUAAAGUGCAGUUCUACUGAUUUUAUUGCGGUGACACUAAGUACGCAGAUGGAGCCAAUCCUUAUAUAAAAAAAAAUGUACAUGAAAUAUAGAAAAUGCAGUUUUGUUGUGCAGGUUUCUCUAAUUUGCUGUUUCUAUUGUGCAAACAUAAUGUACUUGAGUACUGUAUAAACUACGGAGUAAGUUGGAACUCCACUGUCAUUUGCACAUGAGAUCAGAAGAUUCGUAAAAUGGCUAAGUAGUUAAAAUGAGGUUGUAAAAACAAUGUAAACUAAGUAAAUUUUGAAGCUGUUAAGCAUUGAUUUUUGGUUAUUGCUCGAAUUUAGGUACUUCUGAUGCCAAUAUAGUCUUUUAAAUCAAGAUAUUAAAGAUAAAUCACUAUUUGAAGUGGUAGAUUUUAAUUCCUUACUCACCAUUGCAGUCCACUUGCCUGCUUUCAGCAUGCACUUCGGUUCUGGAGAAAUUCAGCUUGCUAGCCUAAUUGAUUUGCAUAAAAUACACAAGUAUUCAAAUAAUGGACAAAACUGUGUAUGCAGCAAAACUGGAGAUUGAUGCAGCUAAGAUAAUUAAUGACCACAUUCUAUUGUUAGUGUUUUGGUUGUGAGACUUCAUAAAAUCACAAUUGCUGUGAUGGAUUUCUUUAUCACACUGGCAAUUAGUAGCCAAGUGGAUUACCUUCAGCACAUGCAAAUUAUUCCCUUAAUAGAUCUUUAGCAUCUUUUAUGCACAUACUCACCUGGGACCUCUUAUGGUGAGUUAGGCUGCAUCCCCCUGGAAUGCUCACCUGCCGAAGAAAUGUCAAUUUUACUUUUAAUAUUGGUCCAAACUUGAAAACAAAGCAACGUGCAUGGAAGGGAGCAAGUAGCUUGGUGAAUUGUUGGUGAGUAACUAAUUGUGCAAUUUUAAACAGGAUUUAGUUCUGCUUUCAGGAUGAGGUGGUUGCCCUAAAACUUUAAUUCAGUGCUAUUCAUAUGCAUGGCUGUUUUGUUACGCCUUUUUAAAUGAUCCUCCAGCUUUCAACUCAAAAUUGAAAUGUUUUUGUAGUUUGAAGGUUCUCACAUGCCCUGUGGGAAAAUUAUGUGUGCAAGAUCUUUGGAAUAUUUUUCAAAUAAACGAGGAAGGUACUUGUACAGAUAUAAUUACAUUCUUGCAUGCCAGGCCUUGUUUGAUGGAGAAAAUGCACUUAUGCCUUUUUGGUGUGUUCUAAGAAAAACAUAAAAAAUGAGUCUGAUCCUUGAAACUAUGGAAAGGAAUUUUUAAAAUUACUAUGGCAUAACUGUACAUUUUUAGUUAGUUGAUAGUUUUAGGAAGUCAGAUUUCUAAUAAGUAAUCUUUUAUUUCUAUUUGGUUUGCCUAUAAUUUAGUUCCCCCAUGCUACAUCUAUACCCAGCAAAGAGUAGGCAGUGGAUCUCCUUCCAGAUCUUCUCAGGUUCUUAAACUUACUAUAAUAUGUUAAUUUAGCUUAACAGUUUUGUUCUUUCCCCAUCUGCAAACUCUUUAGGAACCAUGCUCAAUAUGACCUAUGUAGGAGUCUGUGAGAGCAUGUUUUAUGCCACUCCAUUCUAAUAUGCUGUAUUUCCCUAGAGGCCCAUCAAGCUGGCAAUUUGGUUGUGCACAUUGAUACUGUUUCUGCAUUCGUAAACAAUCCUGGUGUAACUAAUUAUUGCACUGAGCUAUUUGUAGUGAUUUAAGCUUGCAUCAAAGCUGUUAACUAGCAGAAAAUUUGUACUACAUGGACACAAAUUUCAGAUUUUUCUUCUAAAAGCUUGGAAUGUAACACCCUUCUGUAAACGGAAAUUGCAUUUUGUUUAAGUUACUGAAAUGAUGCACAUUUUAGUAUGAAGAUGACUUAAAACUACCAUAGAACUGGUUCUGCUUAGUUGAAGGGAUUAAUGUUCCUCAUAAUUCAAUUGUAACUUUAAUGUAUUGUUUCAAGAGGGAGAGAUCAGAAGAUAGGACAUUUAAAAGAAAAUCUCCCCAUCAAUUUUCUCAAUGAAUGAUUAGACUAUCUUUCUGCAGGUGCGAACAAUAAAAGUGGCAAUCUUAUUUAAAGAAAAAAACAUGUACCUGUUGACCCAUUAAAGAAUCAUCUGCAGUGUUUAUGUAGUGUGCCAAAACCAUUGUCUUUUGUUGCUUGGCAUUGAAUAAAGCAACAUGGUUUGGUGUAUUUUUGUCCUGUUUGGCCACAUCCUUGAAUAUGUUAAGGCCUGAUAAUGGCCCACCUGUUCCUUUUGUAGUAUUUAAGGAAUAUAGAAAAUGGAACACUUGUUCAAGUUGAACAAUUGUUAACUGUGAAGUCUCCAUCCUUGGUUAUGGGACAGGGAAACAGUAUUGUAAUUCAGGCCUAAUAUAUAGUGCUUUGUACGUAUUGCAAUUCUGUACACUUGUAGGUAGCAUAUUUUAGAGUAUUGAGAGCGUGUUUAGGAAGAGCUUGUUUAAAUGGAUGUCAUGUAAAUUAUGUAAAAUUAUCUCAUUAUGGGCAAAUGUAUUGUAAAUUAAACACGAAAAUCUACAGGGUCCACUGAGAAAUGCCAAUAAAAGGGUUUUAAAAAAA